AUGUCCAUAUCUGAAGAGGAUGUGGAGAUGCAGCUGCUGGCAAAUCCACAGAGUGAACUCUCCGCCCCGGAGCCCCCGGCCCCCGCCCGCCUCCCCGCCCCGACUCGCGCCCGCCUGGUGCCCACACUUGAUUCCGGACUCUCGGCCGGCCUGUCGGACUCGCGCCGCAGCGGCCGGAGAUGCAGCGGAGCACCGCGCUGUGCCUGCGCCUGUGGAUCUGCCUGGGACUCUUUCAAGGUGAGCGCGAGGAGGUGGGACCGCACCGACGGACACGCGAGGGAGACAGAUUGGCCGGAGGGAGUCCUGUGGAGGCUUGUGCGGGACAGGAGAGUGACAGGGUCGGCUGGGAACCUGGGGCGCCAGGGGAAGCAGGGCAGACAGAGCGUCGGGGGUCGGGGCUCCGGGAUUGCCAGGAUUAGAAAAGAACUGGCGGGGACUGCAGCCGGGUCAGGGAUCGACAGCGGUGCUGCGCUGCCACGCAGCGAUCUCCUUCGGGCUCCCCGACUUCCUCUGGCCCCCCAUUUCCUUAUUCGGUUUCCCUGCCGAGUCCCGGCGCCGCACCGCUCUGCCCUGCAGACUCUCGGGCACCGAGAUCAUUCCCUAGGGGCGGAGGCUUCAAUACUGGCCAGGCCCCAGACCUGGGUGCGCACUUCCCGACGCCUCCCGUCAGUGCUAAAGAUUGGUCCUGGGAUGAAGGUCCGGGCGGGCGUCGACCGUUCCCCCAGGCUAGAGACUGUAGGGCCAGGGCCUCUGGAAACGUUCGCGCGCCUGAGGCCGGCGCCGUCGGUCGGCGAGGGCGCAGGUCUGGUGAGCGGCUACUCCAUGACCCCCCCGAGCCUGAAUAUCACAGAGGAAUCCCACGUCAUCAACGCCAGUGACAGCCUGUCCAUCUCCUGCAGGGGGCAGCACCCUCUUGAGUGGACUUGGCCAGGGGCUCAGGAGGCACCAGCCCAGGGGGAGAAGGACAGUGAGGACACGGGGGUUGUGCGAGACUGUGAGGGCACAGACACCAGGCCCUACUGCAAGGAGCUGCUGUUGCGUGAAGCCCAUGCCAAUGACACGGGCAGCUACUGCUGCUACUACAAGUACAUCAAGGCCCGCAUCGAGGGCACCACCGCAGCCAGUGUCUACGUAUUCGUGAGAGACUUCGAGCAGCCUUUCAUCAACCAGCCGCACACACUCCUGGUCAAAAGGAAGGACUUCAUGUGGGUGCCCUGCCUGGUGUCCAUUCCAGGCCUCAACGUCACAUUGUGUUUGCAAAACUCAGUGCUGCGGCCAGACAAGCAGGAGGUGGUGUGGGAUGACCGCCAGGGCAUGCGGGUGCCCGUGCAGUUGCUGCGAGAGACAUUGUACCUUCAGUGUGAGACCACCCUGGGUGGCCAGGACUUCCGAUCUAGCCCCUUCCUCGUGCAUAUCACAGGCAAUGAGCUCUAUGACAUCCAGCUGUUCCCCAAGAAGUCUCUAGAGCUGCUGGUUGGGGAGAAGCUGGUCCUGAACUGCACCGUUUGGGCUGAGUUCAAUGCAGGUGUCACCUUUGACUGGGACUAUCCUGGGAAGCAGGCAGAGCGGGGUAAGUGGGUACCAGAGCGGCGCUCACAGCAGACCCACACAGAGCUCUCCAGCAUCCUGACCAUCCACAAUGUCAGCCAGCACGACUUGGGCUCCUACGUAUGCGAGGCCAACAACGGUGACCAGCGAUUCCGGGAGAGCACCGAGGUCAUUGUGCAUGAAAAGCCCUUCAUCAGUGUCGAAUGGCUCAAAGAUCCUGUCCUGGAGGCCACGGCAGGAGACGAGCUUGUGAAACUGCCCGUGAAGCUAGCGGCCUACCCCCCACCAGAGUUUCAAUGGUACAAGGAUGGCAAGGCAGUGUCAGGGCGCCACAAUCCACAUGCCCUGGUGAUCAAGGAGGUAACAGAGGCCAGUGCUGGCACCUACACCCUCACCCUCUGGAACUCAGCUGCUGGCCUGAGGCGCAACAUCAGCCUGGAGCUGAGAGUAAACGUGCCCCCCCACAUCCACGAGAAGGAGGCCUCCUCCCCGAGCAUCUACUCUCACCACAGUCGCCAAGCCCUCACCUGUACCGCCUAUGGGGUGCCCCCACCCCUCAGCGUCCAGUGGCACUGGCGGCCCUGGACACCCUGCAAGGCCUUCGCCCAGCGCAGCCUCCGACGGCAGCAACGGGAUGGCAUGCCACAGUGCCGGGACUGGAGGGAGGUGACCAUGCAGGAUGCUGUGAACCCCAUUGAGAGCCUGGACACCUGGACUGAGUUUGUGGAGGGAAAGAAUAAGACGGUGAGUAAGCUGGUGAUCCAGGAUGCCAAUGUAUCUGCCAUGUACAAGUGUGUGGUCUUCAACAAGGUGGGCCAGGAUGAGCGACUCAUCUACUUCUACGUGACCACCAUCCCUGACGGCUUCAGCAUCGAAAUAGAGCCAACCGAGGAGCCUUUGGAGGGCCAGGCCGUGCGCCUGAGCUGCCAGGCUGACAAUUACACGUAUGAGCACCUGCGUUUGUAUCGCCUCAACCUGUCCACGCUGCACGACGUGCACGGGAACCCGCUGCUACUCGACUGCAAGAACGUGCACCUGUUCGCCACACCGCUGGCCGCCAGCCUGGAGGAGGCAUCGCAAGAGGCGCGGCACACCACUCUCAGCUUGAGUAUCUCCCGAGUGGCGCCGGAGCACGAGGGCGACUAUGUGUGCGAGGUGCAGGACCGGCGCAGUCACGACAAGCACUGCCACAAGAAGUACCUUUCAGUGCAGGCCCUAGAAGCCCCACGGCUCACGCAGAACUUGACCGACCUCCUGGUGAAUGUGAGCGACUCCUUGGAGAUGCGGUGCCCAGUGGCCGGAGUGCAUGUUCCCAGCAUCGUGUGGUACAAAGACGAGAGGCUGCUGGAGGAGGAGUCUGGCAUCGACUUGGCGGAAUCCAACCAGAAACUGAGCAUCCAGCGCGUGCGUGAGGAGGACGCGGGCCGCUAUUUGUGCAGCGUGUGCAACGCCAAAGGCUGUGUCAACUCUUCUGCCAGCGUGGCCGUGGAAGGAUCGGAGGAUAAAGGUAGCAUGGAGAUCGUUAUACUCGUGGGCACUGGCGUCAUAGCUGUCUUCUUCUGGGUCCUCCUCCUCCUUAUCUUCUGUAACAUGAGGAGGCCGGCCCAUGCAGACAUCAAAACCAGUUACCUGUCCAUCAUCAUGGACCCGGGUGAGGUGCCCCUGGAAGAGCAGUGUGAAUAUCUGUCCUAUGAUGCCAGCCAGUGGGAGUUCCCCAGAGAACGGCUGCACCUGGGGAGAGUCCUCGGCCAUGGGGCCUUCGGGAAGGUGGUGGAAGCCUCAGCUUUUGGCAUCAACAAGGGCAGCAGCUGCGACACCGUGGCCGUGAAAAUGCUGAAAGAGGGUGCCACAGCCAGCGAGCACCGUGCCCUGAUGUCGGAGCUCAAGAUCCUCAUCCACAUCGGUAACCACCUCAACGUGGUCAACCUCCUGGGGGCGUGCACCAAGCCCAACGGCCCCCUCAUGGUGAUCGUGGAGUUCUGCAAGUACGGCAACCUCUCCAACUUCUUACGCGCCAAACGGGAGUCCUUCAAUCCUUACGCGGAGAAGUCCCCAGAGCAGCGAAGGCGCUUCCAUGCCAUGGUGGAGGGUGCCAAGGCUGACCAAAGAAACCAAUCCGUAAGCAGUGACAGGGCCCUUCUCAUGCGGCUACUGAUGGGCAAGGGUGUGGCAAGACGAGAGCCAUCAGCCCAAGAGGCAGAGGAUCUUUGGCUUAGCCCACUGACUAUGGAAGACCUGGUCUGCUACAGCUUUCAAGUGGCCCGGGGGAUGGAGUUCCUGGCCUCCCGAAAGUGCAUCCACAGGGACCUGGCUGCUCGGAACAUUUUGCUGUCAGAGAGCGACGUGGUGAAGAUAUGUGACUUUGGCCUUGCCCGAGACAUCUACAAAGACCCCGACUAUGUCCGAAAGGGCAGUGCCCGGCUGCCCCUCAAGUGGAUGGCCCCCGAGAGUAUCUUUGACAAGGUGUAUACAACGCAGAGUGAUGUGUGGUCCUUUGGGGUGUUACUCUGGGAGAUCUUCUCCUUGGGGGCCUCCCCAUACCCUGGGGUGCAGAUCAACGAGGAGUUCUGCCAGCGUCUAAAAGAUGGCACCCGUAUGAGGACUCCAGAGCUGGCCACUCCAGCCAUACGUCGCAUCAUGCUUAGCUGCUGGUCUGGAGACCCCAAGGCGAGGCCUGCGUUCUCAGAGUUGGUGGAGAUCCUGGGGGACCUGUUGCAGGGUGGGGGCCAGCAGGAGGAGGAGGACUUCAUGCCCCCUCGUGGCUCCCAGAGCUCAGAGGAGGGCAGCUUCCUGCAGGCUUCCACCACUGCCCUGCACAUCGCCUGUGCUGACUCUGAGGGCAGCCCGCCCAGCCUGCACCGCCACAGCCUGGCUGCCAGAUACUACAAUUGUGUGUCCUUCCCUGGGUGCCUGGCCAGAGGAAGUCAGACCCAGGGUCCCUCCAGAAUGAAAACGUUUGAAGAAUUUCCCAUGACCCCAAUGACCUCCAAAGCCUCAGUGGAUAACCAGACAGACAGUGGGAUGGUGCUGGCCUCUGAGGAGUUUGAACGAAUAGAGAACAGACAUAGACAAGAAGGCGGCUUCAGCUGUACAGGACCUGGUCGGAAUGCAGAUGUAACCAGGGUGCACCCAGACCCCCAAGGGAUGAGGCGGCGACCCAAUCAAGGGUCACAAGUAGGCCAGGUGUUUUACAACAGCGAGUAUGGGAAGCUAUCGGAGCCUCAUGAGGAGGAAGACUGUGCCCCGUUGGCCUGUGCGCCCUUCUUCACAGACAACAGCUACUAA